UCCCUCCUUCACUCAGCAAUUUCCAAACUUUAGCAUUCAUCACUUCACGCCUUCGGCGGCCGUGCGCCUUCACUCCGGUGAUCUCCCCAGCGCUGCGCCUUCAGGCCUCUCAGUUCGGCGGUUCGCACUCCUUGCAGGCCGCAGCGACAGCAGCAGGUCUCCUGUCUCCGUCGCGACUCGUCUGCAGCGGGCAGCUACUCUUUUUGACCGGCAGCGACGGCACCUUUGAUAAAGAACUACUUUGAACUGAAUGAGAAGUUUGGUAGUAUCCAUGCCAGUAUUUUACUGCUCAUCUUAUGAUCAAGUUUGCAGUAGCCCAGUAGCUAUUUCUGUUAUGACUGUUGGUGAAAUUGAUACCAGCUAUGGAAACCGACUGGGAUAGCUUUUCUGAUGGAAUGACAGACAAUGAGGAUGGUGUGGAGGACGUAAAUGAAGACGAAAAUUUCUGUUCAUAUGCAUCCGGUGAUAUACCCAAAUUGCAGUUUAGGAAAGACAUAUCAAAAGCCAAGUGGAUUGAUAAAAUGGGAAUGGCUGAGAUUGUUGAGACGAAGGGUCGUCUCUGGACAACAACAGGGAUGGUUCGCUAUGGAAAACUCUAUUGUUCAAUUGAAGAGACUUUAUAUUUAGCUGAAAUUGGGGCUUUGCAUCUCCUUGAUAACGAUGAUGCCACCAUUUCUCUUAAAGACAUAUAUAACAUGGUUGCAGAAGCAAAGAAUGGAUGUUCUUGGGAAGCUUUUGAAGCUUACAGGCACUUGAAGUGCCUUGGAUACAUUGUACGACGCCAUGGUAUUCCUUGGACUGUGAAGAGAUCUAAAAUGAGCACUAUUGCCGACCAAGACAUAGCAGAGGUUGAUUCAACAGAAUCAGAAGAUUGCCAUCACAUCUCUGAAAUGUUCAGCAGUUUGAACAUUGAUGAACUUAAACCAGUAUUUGAUGUUUACCCUCCUAAUGCCAAAUUCAGAAAAUCUUCCCCAGGUGACCCAUGCUUUGUCUUGUGUUUCACUAGAGGCUCUCCACCAUCCAAACAAGGGAUUGAAGAUGUAGAGAAACGCUGCCAUGGCAGUCCUGUGAAAUUAUGCAACGUUGAACAUGGACGCGUCAGUUUCUUCACAUUCAACAGAGUAGAGCUUCCCAUACUUCCCUGAACUAGUUGCCAUGGCAACGGAAUAGCUGUGGGAGAAAGAAAAGAAGCACAAAUGCAAACGGUACUCCCACUCCUGAGUUUCUUGAUAUCGAAGCUCCUAGGAGGAAUAUAGCAUUACUCUUUUAUUGAAUCCUUACUGGUAAUUGAAAACUAAAGAAUCAUGGCUGAACUAUAAGCAGUCUGUAGCUGCCGUUGAUUGUAUAUCCGCCGCCGUGAGCACAUAGCGUGGAUGGCGUAAUAUAUGAAGCAGCCGGAAAAGUAAAGGAACGCCACAGACGAAGAAACUUCAUCUAGUUCUCCGGCGGUGGCUAAUCUGAUGAGUUCUUUUCAGAAAAUUCUCUUCUUUUUGGAUCACGCUACACGUUAGAAUCGUUUUAAAAAAAAAGUUGUUUUAAAGAAUGUUGCCGAAGUUCUUGGUUAUUUGAUUAUUAUUAUUAUUA